CCGCCGCCGACGGUAGUGAGAUACGAACCGCGUGUCGACAAUAGUGAGAUACGGACCGCGUGCCGACGUUUUCAAUCGUGGAGAAAGACAAGUGAAUAUAUAUCUGUAUAUAAAUAUUGUGACAGCGCAGCGAAACCAUGACAAGCCUUCGACUCGUCUUAGGCCUUGGAGUGAUUCUGCUCCUGGCGCAGGAGACAUUCCAGCAAGGCUUUAUCAGCAGAUUUACAAGUGGCGCCAGCUUCCGCGGCAACGGUAACGGGCAAUCGUCGCCUGCUGGCAAUCGUGGUCGGUUCAGCAGCAACCGACCUACGUUCAGUAUCGGCAACAACGGCAAUGGAAAUGGACGACCGAACCGCUUUGGCAACAACAACGCCGCCGUAGACCCGCCCGUUGUCGACACGACAGCGACGGAUAAAUCGCAGCUGUCUGUGGUACUUGUCGAUCGUGGAGGCGGAGGCGGAAGAGGAGGACGAGGACAGGGAAACAACAGGGAUAGCGACCGGAUAAGAGGAAACGGCGGCAGAGGCGUUGUAGGGAGAUUCGAUAACGCGCCUCUGAGGGGAAGCUCGUCGAAUACGGGCUCAAUAUUUAACGGUGCUGAUUCACGCUCGCCCGUGAUAGUUGUAAACAGAGGAGGAAACAAGGGAGGAGGAAACCGAGGAGGAGGAAACAGUGGAAGAAGGAACAGAGGAGGAGGAGGAGGAGGAGGAGGAGGAGGAGGAAGAGGAGGAAGAGGACAGGGCGGCGAGGAUCCCAUCGUAGGAAGAAUCGACAAUGCGCCACUCAGAGAUAGCACCCCGAACACGUUUAACACUGUCUUCCUGGGCAAAGAGGAGAACGCAAGGCGCCUCAACAGCUUCGUUCAAAACAAACUGAAGAAGAACAGGCGCAGAGGCGGUGGCGCUCGCGGCGCAGGGGGCGGCGUUGCCGCCGCCGCCGCCCGCGCUCCGGCGUUUGGACCGCGUCAACUGGUGGACAAUACGGACACGUUCUCUCUCGUCGGCAACAGGGAUCGCGGAUUCGGACGCGGACCGGGUGUUCUCGACACCGAGGCGUACGGACAGGAGGAAGUCGACCUGAUGUUUGUGCUGGACGUCAGUGGCAGCGUCACGCCAGAGGGGUUCUUGCAGGCGCUCUGCAUUUCCGGCCGACGUACAUGCACGAACACGGCUCUUCAGACUGCUGAGCGUGAGUUCCGCUCCUACGGCCGCCCGCACUCCACCUACGCAGCGGUGGUGCUCUCUGACGGCAACUCCAACUGCGAUUCGGGCUACAACAAUAACGGCUACAACCAGUUUGGCGGCUAUAACCGAUAUGGCGGCUACAAUCAGUAUGGCGGCUACAACCAACGUAGCCGCGUGAUUACUGGCGGCGGUGGUUACGGAAAUGGCGGAGGACGGCAAGGAGAUAGAGGGCGCUACGGUGCGACGUGUGCUGCUGCGCGGAAGUUGAAAGACUUUGGCGUCGAGGUGUUCAUGCACGCCGUCGGUCGGCGGAUUGACACUGAGGAGGUGGACUGCAUCUCGUCGCCAGGCCAGAACAACCUGCACAGCGACUACUUCUCCGGCUGCGAGGACGUCAAGUACUCGCACAACCAGUAUCGCCGAUUGAACGGAUAAACACACGGCGGCGCAGCAUCAUCGUUGUCGUCAUCAUCAUCAUCAUCAUCAUCGUCGUCGUCGUCGUCGUCGUCGUCGUCGUCAUGGGCACAACAUAUACUCAUUACAUUUAUUCGAGCGUAUUUUCGUUUGCACUCUUACUAAGAAGUACUGGAAUAUUGAUGCCGAAACACAGUCACUGUGGAAACCAUGCACUGCUGUUAUCAAUGAGAUGAUAUAGUUAUAUGGUAACGUUUAUUAGCGUUGUAUUUGAUGUUUUUGGUAAUUAUUAUCUCUAAGGGAUAUGAGUGCAUCAUAGACAAAUCAUUGCAUGUAUGUGGAAAUCGAACUCAUAGCGGAUUAGACUCAUAGCGGAAAUCAUAAUUUAUUGGAAAAAAGCUGAUGGCCUGGAAUAAUCCUUUUUAAUUCUUUUCGUUAUCAUAACGAAGAUCAAACGCCUUCUUCAUAAUAAAUUUAUAAACACAAGUAGGCAUACGUGACAAUAAUGUUUGCUACGUGCUCAUGGAAAUUGGUUUGGCUAAAACAAAAAAUUAUUAACCAUGUCAGUAAAGUUGUAUACAUCUAUUUCAUACUCGAAUUUAAAUAUAUUUAUAUACCGUAUUAACUCCAGGCUUAAACGGUCAUGCUGUUAUUGCGCAACGUGCUUGAUGUUAUGUAUGAUAUUCGUAGGGUAGCUUUCACGUUAAGUUUUACAAAUAUGAUGAGUAAAAUAAUGUACAGCGUUAGCGUUCAUGGUUCGUGUUAUUGCAUGUUGUUCAACGGUUUGUCAGUCACCAUCACCCCAUGACAUCCAAACAGUAUGUAUAUAGUCAUAGACUGCGAUAUUUCAGAUGUAUGUUAACAUUAAUGAAGUCAAUAAAAUAUCGAUGCAAUUCAGUA